CGCGCAGCUCGCGCAGCAACGCCAACUUCCUGCAAAAUAGUGCUCCUUAUCAACAGACAAAGCUUUACACUUUGGAUUCAAAUGGAGAUGCUUAAAUGUUAACGUUGUGACUUCCCACCUUCAAUGCAGGGUCCGCACAGACUCCCCAGGUCCAGAGAGUAGGCUUUGACGGCGCGCUGUCUUGUCGGGUCGCUCUGCCGCAGAGAUGGAUGACUCGCAGGAGCUGCCGGUGAAGAAAGCCAAACUUGAUGUAGACCAUGGAUUGGAAAAAGAACAAAGUAAUCUCAGAGAGGAUGGAAGCCCGAGUGCUGUGCUCGCUCCAUCAGAGCAGGGAAGCUCUUACUCUGCCCUGUCCGUCUCCCAACUUGGCACACGGGAUGGGGAAUCUGAAGGAGAGAUAGGAGGAGCGCCCCAGUUGAACUCGUAUGCACACUCUGCCACAGACACAACAGCUGGGUCUGAGUACACCCAGCAGGUCUACGAAGGAAGCAACCCCGUGGUGACAUCAUACCCCAGCCCAGUGGCCUUCCCCCCUCUGGCUCAGUCUGCUGUAUACUCAGCUUUUCCCCAGACAGGCCAAACGUAUGGCCUCCCACCCUUUGGUGCUAUGUGGCCAGGCAUAAAAACAGAGACAGGUCUGCCAGAGGCGCCCUCUGGUGGCCAGCCUGGGUUUCUCAGCUUCAGUACCACAUAUACCUCAAGCCAGCCAAGCCAGCUGCACUACUCAUACCCCAGCCAAGGCUCAAGUUUCACAACAUCCAGUGUGUACUCCAACAUCCCAUCAGCUGCAGCUGCUACCACAGCAUCCACAACGGUGGCUCUCCAAGAAUUUAGCGGCUACAACUCUUUGGGACAGAGCCAGUUUUCGCACUAUUACAGCCUGCCUUCCAGUUACGUGCCCGCGGGCCUGCCCAGCAGUGAUGACCAUGGAACCACCGUGGGAGGGGCUGUGUACUCAGCUGUUAAGUCAGAAGAGGCCGCCUCAGCAGGACUGCCUCCCAGAGAUGCGUCCCCAUCAGAGAACCUCCCGGCGGGGGCGGCUCUGCCCACCAGCGUGGCUCAUCCUGCUGGAGCCAGAGACCAAGAUGAGGUUGGACGACGGAACUCCAUGGGAAAAGCUAAAGGAAAGGCCAAGAAGUGUGACAACUCCCUGCCUACUGAAACCGACCUUGAGCGCAUCUUUCUGUGGGAUCUGGAUGAGACCAUUAUUAUAUUCCACUCAUUGCUCACAGGCUCCUUUGCACAAAAGUUUGGCAAGGACCCGGCGACCAUGCUGAACUUGGGCUUGCAGAUGGAGGAGUUUAUCUUUGAGUUGGCUGACAACCACCUGUUCUUCAAUGACUUGGAGGAAUGUGACCAAGUCCAUGUUGAGGAUGUAGCCUCCGACGACAACGGGCAGGACCUAAGUAAUUACAAUUUCUUGGCGGAUGGAUUUAACGCCCCCAGUGGUGGAGGGGCAACAGGAGCCACUACUGGCGUCCAGGGAGGUGUGGAGUGGAUGCGCAAACUGGCCUUUCGCUACCGUCGCCUAAAAGAGAUUUACAACACCUACAAAGGAAAUGUGGGAGGCCUGUUGAGUCCUGUGAAGAGGGAGCUGCUGUUGCGGCUUCAGUCUGAUAUCGAGAACGUGACCGACUCCUGGCUCAGCACAGCGCUCAAGUCUCUACUGCUUAUCCAGUCCAGAGGGAAGUGUGUCAAUAUCUUGGUCACCACCACUCAACUAGUACCAGCGCUGGCUAAAGUGCUGCUCUACGGCCUGGGAGAUGUCUUCCCCAUAGAGAACAUCUACAGCGCCACAAAAAUAGGUAAAGAAAGUUGCUUCGAGAGGAUCGUCUCUCGCUUCGGGAAGAAAGUGACUUACGUCGUCAUAGGAGACGGACGCGAUGAAGAGUUUGCAGCGAAACAGCACAACAUGCCCUUCUGGCGGAUCUCCGCUCACGGCGACCUGGUGUCCCUGCACCAAGCCCUGGAACUGGACUUCUUGUAAACAAGCAGGCGGCGGCACAUUAAAUGGGAAAAGUAGAGACGCCAUUUAUUGUUUCUGGACGGACACUGAUCAAGAAUCCGCCUCCAACGCUGCUCACAUGCAAAUUUACAGACACCUGUGUACUGGCUGAAAGACGGUAAAAAAUACUGAGGUGGAGCCGACUGCUAAGAACAGACUGGGCGUCCAGUCGGCUGCUUUCAGUGUCCUCAUACCCAGCACUCCCUAUUCUUUGGCAGCUAAUCUCGCCACAGCUCAAAUUUGUACUCAUUCGGGCGCAGAAGGGAAGACGACAUUGUUUUUGAGCCUCUUUAAUUCUUUUAAGUUGAAGCAUCUCCCUCCUGAUUUCAAAUAAUCAAAGGCUUUCACUUUAUGUUCGUAGGUUGUAGUUUGCAUUCAAAAUGUACAAGCCAGCUUUUGUUUUCUGAGCUCAUUUGCACUGCAAAGCACUAGGUUUGUCUCAAUGAAACUCCUCAACUCACUUCAACAUAGUUCCUUGACAUAUAGAUGCUACAAGAUGGUGGCAAAGCACUAUUUCUAUGUCUAAAUGAAACUCGACUCACUUCAGCAUGGUUUAUUGACCCCAUGAUGCCAAAAGUUGGCACCAAAGCAAUACUUUUAUUGCUGCGAUUAGGUGACUUUUCCAACGGAUAACUGAGGAUAGUUUUGCCUCCAAAAAUUAGAAAAUGCCAAACCGCGAAUGUGGGAAGGUUCACUGUAGUUGAUCGUCUGUUCCCUUAUUAGUUUGCCUCCCAUGGAGCCACUGCAUCAUUCGAAAUGAGGAACUAUAUGGAGGAACUCUAAUGGGGAGAGGAACUAUCGUAAUACGAUCGUAGCCAACAAUCCCGCCACCCUGACAUAAACUCACACAACUCUCACUGAGAUUAAAGUCAAAGUAGUAUUAGUAACAUAAAGAGGUUUUGGCCCUGUGGAGAUGAUUUAUCUUGAGAUUUCUGAUGAGCUGAAAUGUGUUCCCUUUUUUUUUUUUUUUUGAGCGGGGGGGGGGGG